GGCUUUCAGCACUGUUUGUUUUAUCGGUCGCCAUUGGAAAGAAAGCAGAGUAUUCGGGUGAAUAUGGCGGAUACUUGCUUGGGAACCCCGCUUUUCGAGCCUUUCUCAGAUGCUCAUUCCCUUAUAAACGCGCAAAGGCAAACCCAUUUUCGUAUUCAAUUCUCAUUUUCUCUCUAUCGUCAGCAAUUUUUCCCUGUGACAAGAAAUCUCUCUUUAAUGGCGCCCGCUAGAAAAAACACUCACCACUAUCACUCGGCUACCACAAGUUGCACCUCUAAUCAACCAUCUUUGCUUGUUUUCUCCGGUGGAACUGCCUUCAAUGGUGUUGUGGAGGAGAUUAAGAAGUUAACAACUCGCGUGGCGCACGUUCUUCCUGUUUCUGAUGAUGGAGGGAGCACAGCUGAGAUUGUUCGUGUUCUUGGUGGUCCGGCUGUUGGAGAUAUUCGUUCAAGAUGCUUGAGACUGUCUGAUCAAAGUAGUGGUGAAGCACUUGCAGUUCGUACACUGUUGGGUCAUCGAUUACCUCUUGAGCCACAUAAAGCAAAACUAGAGUGGUAUUUGGCUAAAAUUAACAAUUCAAACAGGUAUGACAUCGUGGAAGGGAGCCAUUCUUUGUGGACAGGUGUCUCAAAACCGUACAGGGAAACUAUUAGAGCUUUCUUGGCUUAUUUCCAGAAUCAGAUCCUCAGGAGGUCGGACGAAUCAUUCUGCUUCAGUAAUGGAAGCAUUGGGAACUUCUUCUUUGCUGGAGCCCGAAUAUUCUUUCAGUCUUUAGAUGCUGCGAUUUUUUUGUUUUCACGUGUCUCAGCAAUACCUACUGAAAGCCUUGUUCUCCCUGUUAUAUCCACGAAUGAUAGGCUUACAUUGGGAUGUGAAUUAUGGAACGUACUAUGUCGGACACUUUUGCUCUUAAUGGAGGCUAAUUUUUCUCUGAAUAGUUGCUGCUUUUCAAGUUUUAUGCAAAUUGCAGAUCAACUGGAAAAGGAUGGAACUAUAAUGCGGGGUCAGAAUGAAAUAUCUCAUCCGACAAAUGGAUCUAUGGAGCCAAUAAAUAAGAAUAACUCAUUAAUUCCAUGUCUUCCGUCGAGAAUAAAGCGGGUCUUUUAUAUGUCCAGUGAAGGUAGCAAUUUACUACACGAGGUCUUUCCUUCUGCGAACCCUACUGUCUUGGAACAACUGAAGAGUGUUGAUUGCAUUAUCUUUGCCAUGGGUUCACUGUUUACUUCCAUAUGCCCCUCUCUGGGGGCUGUUUUGAUUGAUUUUCAGGUGUUACAUGGAAUAGGGGAAAUUAUUUCUUCUCGUGCAUGCUCCAAGGUACUUCUCUUGAAUGGCACACACGAUAGAGAAACUUGCGACUUUACAGCUUCCUGCUUUGUCACAGCUAUUACAGAUGCUCUGAAUCGAAAAUAUGGAGGCCCUCAUAACUGUCUUGUUAAUUCUCCAAGUCAAUACAUUAACACAGUAUUUGCACCAAAAGAAGGCCACAUUCCUAUAGAUAUUGAUUCCUUGGCUGCUCAAGGGAUUUUCCAUGUGGUAAUUGUUGACUCCGUACGCGAAUCAUCAGGAGGGAUACUUUAUGACCCUAAAUCGUUAACACAAACUCUGUCCAAUCUUUUAAGUGGACAUCCCGAGUGAUUUUGCAGUUACAAAAAGGAUACAAGAUCGUUACAUGUCUUCAGCAUUGUUGCACCUUGUUUUUGUGGUACAGGUUUAUAUACAAGUUGCAUCACGAUUUGCUCCUCAUUCUUAUGAAUCUAAUUAGUAGCAAUUUUUUUUUUUACGAUGGAGAUAUUCUGGUUUAAAGUUUCCAUCAGGAAUGUGCUGCCUUGGGCGCGCGCAACUUAGACGUCCCAUGUGAAUGUGAUGAAUGGCCUUGACAUGCUACUUUGCAGUUAAAUGUAGGCUAAAGUACACAUGUAAACCACUUUGAACUUUAUAUAUGAUAUAUAUGUGAUAAACUUUUUUAAUUAUCAACA